AUGCUAAACGCGAUGCUGCGUCGGACCCGGGCGGACGGCACCGCGAUGAAUUCAUUGGGAUCAGUACCAGGCCGAAUUCAUACCUCGAAGGCAUUUUUUACAUUCCGCCAACCUCUGUCUCGCUCCUUACACACUCCUCGGCAGCGACCCGCCCCUCAAUGGCGACGAGUCUUGGCACCGGGCUCGUUGCCGAUCCGAUUCAAAUCAGAAAUCGCCGCUAAAAUCGAACCUUUGAAAAAAUCACGUGCUCUAAUUGCUAUACGCAAGGUCUUUACAUUUUGCGGGUUCUUCAUCAUCACCAGCGGCGCCGUGGUCGUCGCCUUCUUCAUUUACGAUGCCAGUACAUACCGCGAAGGUGCCAGUGGGAUGGAUAUCCCGGUCUCGGAAUUUGCUCUCAAUCCUCGACUCGGGGGCCCGAAGAACUUGCCCAUCGCCGAUGUGCUAGUUGGCGACUACGACUCCGAGGCUAUGCUUCAGCAGAAGGAUAAGCCUCGUCUCGUUAUCCUGGGAACGGGUUGGGGUAGCAUCGCGCUUCUUAAGAACUUGAACCCUGCCGAUUAUCAUGUUACUGUUGUUUCCCCUACUAACUAUUUCCUGUUUACUCCCAUGUUACCUUCGGCUACGGUUGGCACUUUGGGUCUUCGGUCGCUGGUUGAGCCUGUUCGGCGCAUUAUUGACCGGGUUAAUGGCCACUUCCUUAAGGCAUCCGCGGUUGAUGUCGAUUUCUCUGCGAAGCUGGUGGAAGUAUCCCAGGUUGGCCAAGAUGGCCAGACAAAGAACUUCUAUCUUCCAUACGACAAGCUUGUUGUCGGAGUUGGCUGUGUAACAAACCCACACGGUGUGAAAGGCCUUGAGAACUGUAACUUCUUGAAGACAAUUGACGAUGCUCGUCAAAUCAAGAACAAGGUUCUAGAGAAUAUGGAACUAGCGUGUCUCCCCACCACUUCUGAUGAAGAGCGCAGACGCCUGCUGUCUUUUGUGGUGUGCGGAGGUGGCCCAACCGGUGUUGAAUUUGCAGCCGAGCUGUUCGAUCUCCUCAAUGAAGAUCUGCUUCAUUCUUUCCCUCGCAUUGUACGAAACGAGAUGUCUGUCCACAUCAUUCAAAGUCGAAGCCAUAUUCUGAACACUUACGACGAAGCACUUUCUAAGUAUGCUGAGGGUCGAUUCACUCGCGAUGGCGUUGAGGUGUUGACAAAUGCCCGUGUUAAGGAAGUGCGUAGCGAUCGGGUUCUUUUCUCCCAAAUGCAAGACGGCAAGACCGUUGUAAAAGAAAUUCCAACUGGACUCUGCUUGUGGUCCACUGGGGUUGCCCGAGCCGAGAUCUCAGAGACACUCUCUAACAAACUGGAAGGCCAAAACAAUAAGCACGCCCUCGAAACAGACUCCCAUCUCCGCGUGAUAGGCGCCCCAUUAGGCGACGUCUACGCAAUCGGCGACUGCUCAACAGUCCAGAACAAUAUCGCAGACAACGUCAUCAGGUUCCUUCGCACCGUUGCCUGGGAGAAAGGCCUCGACCCCGAGAAAGUGCACCUCACUUUCUCCGAAUGGACCGAAUUCGCCUCUCGGAUUAAGAGACGCUAUCCGCAAGCCUCAAGCCAUCUCCGUCGCCUGGAUCUGCUCUUUGAGCAGUACGACAAGGACCACUCCGGCACUCUUGACUACGGCGAGCUGUCCGAGCUCCUGCACCAAAUCGACACCAAACUCACGUCCCUGCCUGCCACUGCCCAGCGCGCUAACCAGCAGGGCGUGUACCUGGGCCGUAAAUUGACUAAGAUUGCCGCCGCACUUCCCGGUCUCAAGGCCAAUGAGGUUGAUUAUGGUGACCUCGACGAGGCUGUCUACAAGGCGUUUAAGUAUAGACACCUCGGAAGCUUGGCGUACAUCAGCAAUGCUGCUAUCUUCGACUUUGGUGGUAUGAGCUUCAGUGGCGGCGUCAUCGCCAUGUACCUUUGGCGUAGUGUCUACUUCGCUCAGAGUGUUAGCUUCCGUACGCGGUGUAUGCUGGCCAUGGAUUGGGCCAAGAGAGCGCUCUUUGGAAGAGGUAUGCCUUUGAUUUUCUAA